GGAGCUAGCUAGUGCGAGGUGAGCGACAACGUCCAAGUCGACCUUUGCAUGCUGCAUCUCCGUCCUCGCUUGCAGACACGGCCUUCUCUUCUCCACCUCAUCCAGAAGAAGACCAUUGACGCCAUCUCGACGCUCGCACGCCGCACCCAAUCCCCCGCCUGACGCUGACGACACGCCCCUCCGUGUCCCGCUGCCACCGAGCCCACCGACAUCACCGCGCAGGGCCCCCAGCGAGCUUUCGCCGCCGCUCCUCAUCCUGCCCACCGACAGCGAUCAGGAACGCAAAGAGACGCCCACCGCCAAGAUGGGUCCGAAACCACAGACGAAGCAGGACGAUGGUGAAGAGCAUGGCGCCGUCUACUCCGUCUCCGGCCCCGUCAUUGUGGCCGAGCAGAUGAUUGGAGUUGCCAUGUACGAGCUUGUCCGCGUCGGUCACGACAACCUGGUCGGCGAAGUCAUCCGAAUCGAGGCCGACAAGGCCACCAUCCAAGUCUACGAGGAGACCGCUGGUGUGACUGUCGGCGACCCCGUCUUCAGGUCUGGACAGCCGUUGUCCGUCGAGCUGGGCCCUGGUCUGAUGGAGACCAUCUACGACGGAAUUCAGCGUCCCCUCAAGGGCAUCGCCGAUGACUCGGAAAGCAUCUACAUCCCUCGCGGUAUCGACUUGCCCGCCCUGGACCGCAAGAAGAAAUGGGACUUUACCCCCGGCUCCCUCAAGGUCGGCGACCACAUCACGGGAGGCGACGUCUUUGGUACCGUCUUCGAGAACAGUCUUCUCAACGAGCACAAGAUUUUGCUCCCCCCUCGCGCGCGCGGAACCAUCACCCGCAUCUCAGACAAGGGCAGCUACACCGUGGACGAGAAGAUCUUGGAGCUCGACUUCAACGGCACUAAGACCGAGUACAGCAUGAUGCACCGAUGGCCCGUCCGAGUGCCCCGUCCUUCCAACGAGAAGCUGUCCUCUGACCAGCCCCUUAUCGUCGGACAGCGCGUCCUUGACGCCCUUUUCCCCAGUGUUCAGGGUGGCACUGUGUGCAUUCCUGGAGCUUUCGGUUGCGGAAAGACUGUCAUUUCCCAGUCUCUGUCCAAGUUCUCCAACAGUGACAUCAUUGUUUACGUCGGAUGUGGUGAGCGUGGUAACGAGAUGGCUGAAGUCUUGAUGGAUUUCCCCGAGCUUACCAUCGAAGUAAACGGCAAGAAGGAGCCCAUCAUGAAGCGAACUACCCUCAUCGCCAACACCUCCAACAUGCCUGUGGCUGCCCGAGAAGCCUCCAUCUACACUGGUAUCACCGUCGCCGAAUAUUUUCGGGACCAGGGCAAGGAUGUCGCCAUGAUGGCAGAUUCAUCUUCUCGAUGGGCUGAGGCUCUUCGUGAGAUUUCUGGUCGUCUCGGAGAAAUGCCUGCUGAUCAAGGUUUCCCUGCUUACCUCGGUGCCAAGCUUGCGUCCUUCUACGAGCGUGCCGGUCGCGUCCAGGCUUUGGGUAGCCCUGAGCGAUAUGGAAGUGUAUCGAUUGUCGGUGCUGUCAGCCCUCCAGGUGGUGACUUCUCGGAUCCUGUUACCACCAGUACUCUCAACAUCGUGCAGGUCUUUUGGGGUCUCGACAAGAAGCUCGCCCAGCGAAAGCACUUCCCCUCCGUCAACACUUCAAUCAGUUACAGCAAGUACACAACGCCGCUCGACAAGUACUACGCGAAGAACAACCCCGACUUCCCUCGUCUGCGCGAUCGCAUCAAGGAGUUGCUCACUACUUCGGACGACCUUGACCAGGUUGUGCAGCUUGUCGGUAAAUCAGCUCUGGGUGACGGCGACAAAAUCACGCUCGAUGUGGCAACACUGCUUAAGGAGGACUUCCUGCAGCAAAACGGUUACUCGGACUAUGACCAGUUCUGCCCAUUGUGGAAGACGGAGUGGAUGAUGAGGAACAUGAUGGCGUUCCACGAUGAGGCCCAGAAGGCAGUUUCGCAAGGACACAGCUGGCCCAAGAUCCGCGACUCGACAUCUGAGAUCCAGGGCCAACUUCGCUCGAUGAAGUUUGAAGUUCCUAGCGAAGGCGAAGAGGCGAUCACGAAGAAGUACGAGGAGCUGCUCCAGAAGAUGACUGAGAAGUUUGCGGCGGUCGCUGACGAGUAAAUGCGGAUACUUAGUGGUGUUUGCAUGCGCGGUUGUGUCGAG